AGGGUGCGUUCGAAAUGCCAAAGCUGCAUUUCGGCUGCCAGGACUCCAUAUGUCGAUGAAUUGGGGUCCUGAUAAAACCUGAGAGUUCUGGUUAAAUUGCAAAAUUAUAAACCAAGAUGGACCUUGUCCACGUCGGUCAACAAACCGUUCUUUGCUGCUUCCUCCCCGCUUUCACAACCUGGUAGACGACAACUCCUAAGACGGCUGCGAGCAGACGAAUCACCUGAGCGCGGCGAGGACCAUUUUUGCGCUCUUCUGCAAUACAGUGGAGAAGUUAUUUGGCGCGCCUGCGGACACGAAUUGCGCAGCGGCAGCGAAAAUGCAGGACCGCACAAACGGCUCUGCCUGCUGUCGAUCCACCUCCUGAAGAACUACACGUGCAAUUGCAAUUUCGCAAGACAAGUUACGGCGGAUCCACUGUCCCUGUCCGUGAAAAAUGACAGAGAUCAGCGUCAAAGUCGCGGUCCGGGUUCGGCCGUGGAAUGACCGUGAGAAACUAUCAAAUGCAAGUAUGUCUGGGAUUGGAAGUUUGCUACAUUUGUCAUGCAUGUCUAACAUGAAUCAACAAUCUGUGAUGCAUGGGCACCAAAAAGCCCUCUUAUCUGUCAUGCAAAAUCGCAGUUUGUCAUGCGUAAUACGCAACACCUAGCAGCCCAAAAAUUUCUCAUGUUUGGCUGCGGAUUGCAGGUGUGCGCCUACUGAUUCACUUUUAGCAUCACAACUCUCCAGACGAAGACAUACUUGCUUUGCAUAGAAGCAGAUGCAGUGUAAACUCGCGGUGGAGAUGCCGCCGACGUCGGGAAACGAAUAUCAGAGGGCACAUGUCUCCCUUCCCCUCAUUCGUAGUGCAAAAAGGCCAAAUCCUGUCGGAACUCUUUGGCUGUGCUUGCAUGACAAGUUCUGGAAGCUGCCGCCCAAACUGCACUUUGCUCCGUGCGUGCGUUUGUAAUGCUCAGACUGCAUUUUUGAGGUGGUUUGUGAUGCUACAAAUGCAUCCUUCCAAAUUACGGGGAGGGGGACGAGUUGUGUACUCGCAUCACGAACUCCCGAAUACCACCGUUCUGAAAGACCUGGACGACACGGGAGCGGAAAAACAAUUCACGUUCGACUACUCGUUCUGGUCGCACGAUGGUUUCGUGGAGGAUGAGAAAACCGGGCUCACGGUGCCGGAUGUUGCCAGUGUGGCCGCCGGCGGGGGCGGCGGCAAGAAAGGCAACAGCAAGCCGGUAUACGCGAGCCAGCAGACGGUUUACGACAAGCUCGGCGUCACGGUGCUCAAUAACGCGUGGGAGGGCUACCACUGUUGUCUAUUCGCGUAUGGACAGACCGGCGCUGGGAAGUCGUACUCCAUGGUCGGGUACGGGGCGAACAAGGGCAUCGUGCCGCUGGCGUGUGACGAAAUCUUCCAGCGCAUUGACAAAAACAAGGACAAGAACCUCGAGUACGACGUGGUCGUGUCCAUGUUGGAAAUCUACAACGAGAAGGUGCAGGACCUGCUGAUUCACCCCAACAAGCGGCCGGUUGGAGGUCUGGAAAUCCGCGAGUCGAAGGAGCUGGGCGUGUACGUGGCAAACCUGACCAAGUGCAAGGUGACCAGCUACAAGGAGAUCGACCAGAUCAUGGAGCAGGGAAUCGGGAAUCGCACCAUUGGCAGCACGCUGAUGAACGCCACCAGCUCGCGGGCCCACACGGUGCUCGGCAUCGAGUUGAAGCAGCUCUCACACGUCGGCGACCGCGUCGGGACGAAGUAUCCUGAGGAAAAACGUCCCUACCCCAGAGUUUUCAUGCAGAUUUGCAAUGACAAGGAAAUUUCUGAUGCGCACACCCAUGGUAGACAUUUCCAUUCGUGUUUUGGAAUUUGUGAUGCUAUGAACAGGAUACCCAGAUGAAUCUCUGAUGCAGCUGCACUUGCUUAAGUACCUGCACUAUGCUACGGAGUGCAUUUUGUCAUGCGUGACUCCCAGAACUCCUAGGUUUGUGUUGCAACAUCCCCAUCUUGACUCUGGUGUGGGGACGUUUUCACUCAGGAUACGAAGAUGUCCGUCAUCUACCUGGUGGACUUGGCUGGCAGCGAGAAGGCCGCGAAGACGGGCGCGACGGGAGACCGGCUGAAGGAGGGCAUAUCAAAUGCAAAAAUGUCUGGGUCGGGCAGAUUGCGAGAUAUGUCAUGCUAUAAUCUGGCAUGAUUCUGAACUCUGUAUUGCGUGGCCGCACAGAGCUCCUCCUCCCUGCCAUGCUAAAAUGCAGCUUCUCAUGCGGAAUACGCAACUCAGAACCAUGAACAUAAACUUGUCAUGCUUGGCGGCGCAUUAAAGUGAGCUCACUAUUCCCUUCCUUGCAUCACAAGUUUCCCGACCCAGACAUUUUUGCACUUGAUAGGGCAGCGCGAUCAACAAAAGCCUGUCCUGCCUGGGAAACGUGAUCGAGAAACUGGCGGACGCGUGCAGUGGCUAUGAUUUGUAAAAACGUCCCCACACCAUAGUUGUCAUGCUAGUCUGCAUGCCAAAAAAGUUUGUCAUGUUGAGCGCCAUGAGAGGCAUUUUCUAGUAGUGUUUUGGAAUUUGUGACGCUAUAAUCAGAAUGAUAUACUAGAUCUGUGAUGCUGCUGAACUACGUAAAUAGGAUUACACUACGAGGAGACACUUGUCAUGCCAAACGACCAAAGCUGGCUGAUUUGUCUAGCAGAUUUCCCAUCUUGACUCUGGUGUGGGGACGUUUUUACAAAUGAUAGUGGCAAGGUCGCUCUGAAAAACAUCGUGAUUCCCUACCGGGACAGCAAGCUGACCCGGCUGCUGCAGAACGCGCUGGGAGGCAGCUCCUUCACCGUCAUGAUCUGUGCGAUUUCGCCCGCGAGUAACAAUUACCAGGAGUCGCUGUCCACGCUGCGGUACGCAGACCGCGCGAAAAAGAUCAAAAACCAGUCCGUGGUCAACGAGGACCCGCAAGACAAGAUCAUUCGGCAGCUGCGCGAGGAAAACGCCAAACUCCGGGAAAUGGUGGAGCAAGGGGGUGGCGUGCAGGUGGAAACGAAAACCGUCGAAAAGCUGGUGGUGGACGAAGCGGCCAUGGGCAAGGCAAAGGAGAAACACGAGAAGGAGAUCAAGGCGCUGGAGGACGCGCUGAUCCAGAUGCAGCAGGAUUUCUUCAAAAAGUUGCAGGAGGAGAAGAACAAAAAGAAGGUCGAAACGGUGGUGGAGGAAAAAGAGAUCGUCACCGUGAAGGAAAUAUCCUGAGUAAAAACGUCCCCGCCCCAGAGUUGUCAUGCAGACUUGCAAUGCCAGGAACAUUUGUGAUGCGCAUCCCCAUGAUAAGUAGGCAUUUACAAGCGUGCUUUCGGAGUUGUAAUGCUGUAACCAGGAUACUAAGCACACGGAUUUGUAAUGCGGCUGUCCUUUCCAACCUGCACUACACUACACCACUGCAACUUGUCAUGCGUGACUGCCGAAGCUUCUGGAUUUGUGUUGCGAGCGCACCGUCUUGAAUCUGGUGCGGGGUCGUUUUUCCUCAGGAUAGGAUAUCGUCGUGCAGGAGAAGAUUCGGGAGAAGCAUCUCGACUUGCCGCACAUUUCCAACCUGCACGAGGACCCCAUGCUCGCCGGGAAACUGCACUACUCCUUCCCGCCGCCGGGCAAGGACGACAAGGACGACAAAACGGAAUGGUGGCUCGGACGGCAAGUGUUGAACGAGAACUGGAAGCCGCACGUGGUGCUUGCUGGCGUCGGCAUCCAGAAGAAGCACUGCCGCAUCACGUCGAAGAAGGAUCCGAAAACCAAGAAGAACGUGGUGACGCUGUUCGUUUCGGACAAGACUGCCAUCGAGACCACCUUCGUCAACGGCGACAACUUCUUCUUCGAGGGCGGCGAGGGCUGCGAGCUGACGCACGGCGACCGCCUGAUCAUCGGCCAGAAUUACGUGUUCGUGUACAUCGAUCCGGCCACGUUCCUCUCAUCUGCGGACGGGAAAACGGAGUACUGCAACGACCUGAUUGACGCGGGGAAGUGCAGCUACGAGUUGGCCAAGAAGGAGCUGGCCGAGAAGCAGGGCGACCUGUUUCUGUCCGGGCAGAUGAAUAAAGAUGCAGUGUCGUCGAACCAGGAGAAUCUGAAGCAGUUGGAGGAGCAGAAGAAGCUGCAGCUGGAAUACGAGGAGAAGCUGAAGCAAGCCGAGCAGAAGAAGCAGAAGGCGCAAGAAGAGAUGCUGCUUGAGCUGAAAAAGAAGGAGGAGGAGUACCAGCAGGAGCUUUUGCGGAUGCAGAAGCAGAUGGCCGAGUCCGAGCUCAGCCAGGAGCUGAACCAGGAAAAAAAACAGGAGUCCGAGCUGAAAAAGAUGGAGCUGGAGUACAAGCAGCGCAAAAAGCAGAUCGAACUGAAGAACCGCCGGGAAAUUUACCUGAUCGAGAAGAAGCAGCGCAUGCUUAUCCCGAGUAAAAAUGUCCCCACCCCAGAGUUGCCAUGCAAAUCUGCAUGCCAAAAAAGUUUCUCACGCGGAGCGGCCCCAUGAGACCCAUUUUCCAAUCCUGUUUUGGAAUUUGCGAUGCUUGAAUCACCAUGGUAUGCUACAUCUGUGAUGCUUCUGAACUAGCUAAACACGACUGAUUACACUGCGCGGACAAACUUGUCAUGCCAAACAACCAGAGCUGGUUGAUUUGUCUAGCAGAUUUUCCAUCUAAACUCUGGUGUGGGGACGUUAUUAAUCAGGACAACGCUCGCCCUCGAGGAAAAAUUGCGCAAGGACCGCGAGCAGGACAUUGCCGUCAUUGAAUAUCAAAAGGAAAAAUCCCCCCUCCCCAUAUCGAAAGCGAAAUUUGUGAUGCUGUAUUUGAGUACACAAAUCGACUUGUAAUGCUAGAAGGCCAAGAGACGCAGCGGUGGCCUCGUUUGCAGGCACUUUGUCAUGCUGUUUCCCACUUCCAGCUGCCCCCUGUCAUGCUGAAGAUGCAAGGCUUUCUCACGCCAACCAGCACUACAGUCCGCAUCUUUUCCCUUCUAGCAUGACAAAGCUGAUUUGUGACCACAAAUCUGCAUCACAAGUUUCUAGUUUGAGUAUGGGGUGGGGGGAUUUUUCACUUUGAUAUUGAAGAGCUGCUGACCACCAAUGUCCCGCUGUGCAAGGAGGCGACCGCCCUGUCGCUGGAGAUGAACAAGGGCUACUCGUACCACCUCCGGCUGAACAUCUUUCCCGUGACCGACAUGGCCGGGAAGAGCCUCCGAUCGGGCGGCUUCCGCCUGCUCCAGCCCUCCGUGCUGGUGGUGUGCAAGAGUGCGGAGGGCGACCAGCUCUUCGAGUGGGACGCGGACACGCUGGAGAACCGCGUGUUUCUCAUGCGCGAACUUUUUGACCACUGGUGCCUAGGCGGCCAGUUCGACCUUAAGACGCUUCCGGUCGACCGCGACCCUUUCUGGGACCCCGUCACGACCGAGUACUUCAUCGGCAGCUGUCGUGUGUACUUGGAACCACUGAUCUACGGCUGCCUCGUGUCCGUCGACGCCAAACUCCUGGGGCCGGAGGGCAAGCCGGCGGACGCCUACCUGCGCGUCGAGCUGGAGCGAAAGCAGAACUCCACGGAAAAGUCAAAUGCGGGCGACAAAAAGUACGACUCCAUCGAAGAGCUGGAGGACGAAUGCGACCACGGCCUGACCGGCGGGAGUUUCAGCUUCAAAAUCAAGGUGGCCAAGCUGCGGAAGCUGGACGCCAAGAAGUGGAAGAACCCGCGCGUCGAGUUUCAGUACUACGUCGACGAGAAAACGGUGGUGCGCCCGAAGCGGGACAACAAAUCCGAGUUCAUCUUCGACUACUCGAAGACGGUGAAACAAGAUCCCGUCACGGAGCGGUAUCUGGAGUAUCUGCGAACGGGGGUGCUCACGUUUUCGGUCUUCGCCUUUUCCAAGCACGCUAUCCAACUGGACCAGGAGCAGUAUUGUGAGGAAAAAUCCCCCUUUCCCUUAUCGAAAACGAAAUUUGUGUCGCUGUAUUUGAGUACACAAAUCGCCUUGUAUUGCUAGAAGGCCAAGAGACGCGGUUGCUAUCUCGUUUGGAGGCAAUUUGUCAUGCUGUUUCCCGUUUCCAGUUGUUUCCUGUCUUUUGAAGACGCAUGGCUUUCCUGCGCCCGCCAACACUACAAUCCGAAUCUCUUCCCUUCUAGCAUGACCACGCCAUUUGUGAUCACAAAUCAUGCUGCACAAAUCUCCGUUUUCAUAUACGGAGGGGAGAUUUUUCAUUUUGAUAAGCAGCAAACCGAGCUUGCUGAACGCCAGGACCAAACCUCCUCGUCCCCGGACAGCAAGAAGAAAAAGGCUGAGGCGGCGCAGAAGAAAAAAACCGCGAACGAGAACGAAGAGCUGGAUGCAAGCACCAGCGGAGCCUAUUCUGGGCAAAAACGGCGGCAACACCCCAUAGUCAAUGAUUGGUAAAUCUGCAACACAAAUCCUGAAGUUUUGGGAGUUCUUCAUGAUAAUUUUCUAUAUGUAGCGCAGUGCUGCUUCGCAAUGGAACAGCCGCAUCACAACAACGCCUGCUUACAGCAUUACAAAUCUCAGAACACAACUACAAAUUCGAUUCCUCUCAUGCGGAUGUGCAUUCCAAAUACCCCCGUAAUUGCAAAUCUGCAUGACAACUAUGGGGUGGGUACGUUUUUGCACAGUAUAGCGCGGGUCCCAUGUUUUUCGCCGAACAGUCACGGACCAGUCCCGAGCUGAAGGGAAAUAACAAAUCCCUGUAUCCUGAGGAAAAACGUACGCACCCCAUCCCCAGCAGAUCUGUCGUCAAAUACCUCUGCAUGCUCGGUAAGUAUCGUCUCGCAUGCAAAAAUCAGGCUUCGAGAUAUCUCAAUUUGAUGUGACGUGCUUGCAUACGCUUAAAACGACGUCGCAGCGAGUUCAGAUUUGUCGGGUCAGACACCUCAAACUUUGUAAUUGUCUUAUCCAGAUUUUCUCUCUUGACUCUGAGGUCGUUGUGUUUUUGCCCAGGAUACUCCGGCGGACAUGGCUAACGAGCAGCAUUUCUUCGUCCCGUCGCCGGAUCUCAACCGUAAGCGAUACGAGGUUCUCGAUAAAAAUCGAGACCAGAGUCAGGCGUGCGUGAUCUUGUAGACAUUUUCGCAGCGCUGUCGGUGUCGACAGAGGCUGUUCAAAAGCCCGCACGUCACUUUUCAGAAUUUUUUGAUUGCUGAGAAAACAUCACCGUUUCUUCAUCAGGAUGUCAAGACAACACUAAUUUUCAAAUGGAGCAUCGCUUGCUGCUACCAACACAAAUGCGCUUCACUCAAACAGUCUUUUUAUUCAACAACGAGCACACACUCCUUUUUCUCAAAGUCUACUUCAGAAAUAUUGUUUUCGGAAAAGUAAAUCAAAUCCAGCGGAAAAGAAAUGAUCCAAACCCUUUUAGUGGCUACACUGGCAGAGCAAACUUUGAUACAAGGAACCAGACCCGACGGAAGGAUGUUGAAGACGUCGUCCAUGUUCUUGGAGGCACGAGUUUGGGUAACAUUGAAAUUAUUUUUUUUAAAUGCAUGGUAACAGCAGACAGUCGCCGUGUCACCAAGGAUAUAAGUCAAGUAAAAGGCAAACGGUG